UCGAAAGAAUAUCGAUGUUGAUAAUAUUACUAAACUGCGUGACGCUGGGCAUGUACCAGCCCUGUGUGGACGACCAGUGCGUCACCAACAGGUGCAAGAUAUUACAGGUUUUUGAUGACAUCAUAUUCGCAUUCUUUACACUUGAAUUGACGAUUAAAAUGGUGGCGAUGGGAAUCUACGGUCAUGGGACUUACCUGGCAGAUUCUUGGAACCGACUGGAUUUCUUUAUAGUCAUGGCUGGGGCUCUAGAAUAUGCUUUGAACGUUGAAAAUAUAAAUUUAUCUGCUAUUAGAACCAUCCGAGUUCUAAGGCCCCUGAGAGCUAUUAACAGGAUACCGAGUAUGCGUAUUCUAGUGAUGUUACUUCUCGACACAUUACCGAUGUUAGGAAAUGUUCUUCUUCUGUGCUUCUUUGUUUUCUUCAUAUUCGGUAUAGUUGGAGUACAGCUCUGGGAAGGAAUUCUGAGGCAGCGCUGCGAACUUGUCCUGCCACCUAACGUACUACGACCCAACAUAUCGUUUCACUACGAGUUCUCGAAAGAGUUGGACUACAUCUGUACGACGCCGGAAGAUAGCGGUAUGCAUUUAUGUGGAAACUUCCCUCCUUACCGAUAUGGACCGUUAGUCUGCAACGACACAGCGAAACCAUUCUCAUACAACUACCCGACAAACAACUCAUGUGUUGACUGGAAUCAGUAUUAUACCAACUGCACCCAACGUGGUCCCAAUCCAUUCCAAGGAACAAUAUCUUUCGAUAACAUAGGGCUUGCAUGGGUAGCUAUAUUUUUGGUUAUAUCUUUGGAAGGAUGGACGGAUAUCAUGUAUUAUGUACAAGAUGCACAUAGUUUCUGGGAUUGGAUAUAUUUCGUUCUAUUAAUUGUAAUCGGUUCAUUUUUCAUGAUCAAUUUGUGCCUGGUCGUAAUAGCGACUCAAUUCAGCGAAACAAAGAAACGAGAAAUGGAGAGAAUGCGAGCUGAACGGGCUCGUUUUACGUCGUCUUCGACUUUAGCCUCGUCUACAAACAAUAGCGAACCAGCCACUUGUUAUGCUGAAAUAGUCAAGUAUGUCGCGCAUUUGUGGAGACGAUUCAAACGACGAAUGGCUAAAAAGAUCAGAGUAUAUAAAUAUCAACGAGCUCAACUAAAAUGGAGGACCAGCCAAGAAACUCUUCAAUUGCCUGCUAAUCGUCCAAAACAACACCAUCCAUGUUGUCCCCGUGUUCACGUUCAGGGUAACGGAAAAGGAAUCACUGAAGAGGUUGGUGAUGAACCUCUCAGCAGACCGAGUUUAUUACGUGUACCUUCACUUUCGGCUGCCGAUCUUGAGAACGCAUCAAACCUGUCGUUGCUGUCGCCUCCAUCACUAGCUCGAAGACGUUCCUCCGUCAUGUUCAGUGAUACAGUGCUGCUUCAUGUUCCGAACGCCCAACACCUAGCUCAUCCCCACAACGUAUGCUCUUCGGAAAAGAUGACCCAAACAGAAUUUGACUUGCCACCCGGAGAAACUGCUGAAGAUCGAGCCGCAGCGGGAGGAACAAUGUCAUGUCAAGAAUUGUUAGCAUUAUCAGGUGCACUAUCAGCUGCUUUACCAACAGGCCAAGUUGCAUUGGACACAUUUUUUGAAGAACUGACGAAAGGAAUGAGCAAACGAGCCGGUGAAGAUAAAAUGGAAACUAAGAUCGUAGAAAUAGAAGAUUUUUCAUGCUGCGCAGAACUAAUAGCCGCCGAGGCCGCUGCCACAGAAAAGAAAAAAGGCCGAAUUGCAAACGCCUGCAUUAAAUUGUGGCGAAGAAUAUUGAAAUUCUUUUCAUUGUUACGAAAACAUAUUAAAACCAUUGUUAACCAUAAAUAUUUCCAACAAGGUAUUUUGCUGGCUAUAUUAAUUAACACGCUGUCUAUGGGAAUAGAGUACCACAACCAACCUCAAGAGUUGACAGUGAUUGUGGAAAUCAGUAACGUUGUUUUUUCUGGAAUCUUUGCUGUCGAAAUGCUACUUAAAAUUAUUUCGGAAGGGCCCUUUAAGUAUAUAUCCAAUGGUUUUAACGUUUUCGACGGCGUUAUUGUAAUAUUAAGUGCAUUUGAGUUAGCUCAGAGUAUGGGGAACGAACAUGAUUUGGCUGGAAGUUCAGGCUUAUCUGUCUUACGUACAUUUCGACUUCUACGCAUACUGAAGCUGGUACGAUUCAUGCCCAACUUAAGAAGACAGCUGUUCGUUAUGCUGAGGACCAUGGACAAUGUUGCCGUGUUUUUUUCGCUGCUGGUUCUUUUUAUUUUUAUAUUCAGCAUCCUCGGUAUGAACCUCUUCGGGUGCAAAUUCUGCAAGAAAGAUGAAGAGGGCGAUGUAGAGUGCGACAGAAAAAACUUUGAUACUCUCUUGUGGGCCUUUGUGACGGUGUUUCAGGUUUUAACUCAGGAGGAUUGGAAUGUUGUUUUAUUUAACGGUAUGGAAAAAACGAGUCAUUGGGCUGCAUUGUAUUUUGUGGCCUUAAUGACUUUUGGAAACUAUGUUUUGUUUAACUUACUAGUAGCCAUUUUAGUAGAAGGAUUUAGUUCAGAGAGAAAUGAAAGAAGAGAACGAGAACAACGUGAAUUGGCUAAAUCUAAAUUAUCAAGUGAAUGUUUUUCUGACAAUAAUGAAUUACAGUACGACGAAUCUAAUUCAGGAUCGCAUUCUAGUGACAGUUUUUCACAGAAUGAAAUAAAAAACUACUGGAAAUCAGCAGAUGAUGUCCGCAAAGUCAAAGAUGAUAACGGACAUAAAGAUAAAUCCGUAAAAGUUCGCCGCAAAGCUAAAUCUUCCGCACACCAUCCGUCGUUAUGCAAAGACUGUGCGCAAUCAAACAAAUGUAACAUUCAAAAAGAAUCAAAAAUGUUGGCAUCAAAUAUAGGCACUAUUGAAAAUGGUAAUGGAACUAUUGUCCCAAAAAUAACUCAUACAGCGGCUACACCUCAAGAUUCACCAUCCACGACCUUGGAGCCUGGUGCAACGUUCAGAGAUUUUAACGUAGCCUUAACAUUAGAAAGAUCGACCAUGCUAUCUAGUUUAGACUCUAUAGAUAGAACAUCGUGUACGAGUAUACCAGGAUUACUGAAACCUCCAAACAGUUAUACGCUUACACUUCAUUCUGCAGCUGCUCAAUUAGGCGCUGAGAAAGCUAGGCUCCCACCACCAAUGACUCUUGCUCCACCACCCAUCACUCUCGCACCUCCACCAUCCAGAUCUACCUCACCUGGAUCUAUAACACCCACUAUUCCUAGAUCAUUACCAUCCCCUAUAAUACCAGAAAAAAAUUUUCAAGUUACUAUAGCCAAGGACGAAAACUGUCUCAAUGUUAGUGAUAAAUCUAGUUUAUUGAGUUCACAAAAAAGUCUCAGCAUAACAACACCAAAUAUAGUCGGAGAUGAUAAAUAUAGAGUGCAAAGAGGCUACAGUUGGCGGCUGUCUCGACCAAGCUUAAGGCGCAAAAAGCAACGAACAGGCUCUGACUCUGACGCUGUAGUCCUUAAUAAUGGACGUGAUCAUAUUGCAUGUAACGGAUCUAAUCUUAGAAAAAAUGAGUUGUUGCUGUCUUCAACUAUAGUUAUUAAAAAUGACACACAAUCAGAGAUCAACAAUAGACCAAAAACCCAGUUACCUGCUCCUAGAGUGCUAGCUACGCAAGCUAGACGAGUUUCUGCACAUACAACUCCAAUUUUACCAGAUGUAUCUUGGAAAGCGCCGGAAGUAGGAGCAGGAUUUUCGUCUGACUCGACAGUAAGAUUAGAUGCUGUAAAAUCUCCACAUCAUAGACUUUCUUUGACAAAUGACUACCUUACGGUAACGUCAGGUUCGGAAAUCAAAGCAAGCAAUUUGGCACCAGCAGUUGCUCCAAAUGCACAAAUACAGUCCAGAAAUGAACCUGUACGAACGAGCAGUCAAGCCUUACCUCUCAUUAAACAAAUUAACGAGGAGGUGGCGAUUAACAAUAGUGUCUGCAUAUUUUCGUCUAGAUUUGAUAGGCGACGAUUUCAUUUUAAAGAUCUUUUUCGAUUUAUGGAACCAACGGGAUGUCUCAAGGAAAAAGAGGAUUACUCUUUAUACAUAUUCGCCCCCGAUAACAAAAUUAGAACACUUUGCACGUGGAUGGUAACAAGAAGUGCGUUUGAUAAUAUAGUUUUACUAUUUAUAGCACUAAAUUGUAUCACCUUAGCUAUGGAGCGACCCAACAUUCCCCCUGACUCUAAAGAAAGGGCUUUUUUGUCUAGCGCUAAUUACGUCUUUACAGUCGUGUUCGCUGUUGAAAUGUUUAUUAAGGUUGUCGCAUCUGGAAUGUUUUACGGGUCUGAAGCUUAUUUUACUUCUGGUUGGAAUAUCAUGGAUGGUUCUCUGGUUAUUAUUUCUAUAAUUGAUUUGUUAAUGUCAUUAGUGUCCGAGUCUAGUCCACGAAUUUUUGGAAUUCUAAGGGUAUUUAGAUUGUUGAGAUCUUUAAGACCCUUGAGAGUAAUUAAUAGGGCCCCAGGAUUAAAGCUCGUCGUUCAAACAUUGUUAUCAUCACUUAGACCGAUUGGAAAUAUAGUUUUAAUAUGCUGCACGUUUUUCAUUAUAUUUGGCAUUUUAGGAGUUCAGCUCUUUAAAGGUGCAUUUUUCUAUUGUGAAGGAGCAAGUAUUAAAAACGUCAAAAAUAAAUCAGAUUGUCUGGCUAUUGAGGGUAAUGUAUGGGUAAAUAGGAAAUACAACUUCGAUGACCUGGGUAAAGCUUUGAUGUCAUUAUUUGUGCUUAGUUCAAGGGAUGGUUGGGUAAAUAUCAUGUACACAGGCCUUGACGCUGUAGGUGUUGAUCAACAGCCCAUUGUUAACUACUCAGAAUGGAGACUUUUAUACUUUAUUGCAUUUAUAUUAUUAGUUGGAUUCUUCGUUCUAAAUAUGUUCGUGGGAGUUGUGGUAGAAAAUUUUCACCGAUGUAGAGAAGAACAAGAGAAAGAAGAGAGAGUCAGGCGGGCCGCAAAAAGGGCGCUUCAAAUGGAAAAAAAGAGACGAAAAAUGCAUCAACGUCCAUAUUAUGCAGACUACUCACAAUACCGCCUUUUCGUACAUAACGUAGUCACAUCAAAAUAUUUUGAUCUGGCAAUUGCGGGUGUCAUCGGUUUAAAUGUUGUGACUAUGGCUAUUGAAUACUAUAGAAUGCCACCAGCCCUACAAUAUGCACUUAAAAUAUUUAACUACUUUUUCACUGCCGUAUUUAUACUUGAAGCAGUUAUGAAACUUGUGGCACUGGGCUUCAAAAUUUAUCUAAAAGACAAAUGGAAUCAAUUAGAUGUUAUAAUUGUAAUACUAUCCAUAGUAGGAAUAGUUCUAGAAGAAUUAGAGACUAACAUUAUUCCAAUAAAUCCGACAAUAAUGAGAGUAAUGAGGGUGUUAAGAAUUGCAAGAGUAUUAAAAUUAUUAAAAAUGGCAAAAGGUAUAAGGGCAUUAUUAGAUACGGUAAUGCAAGCUUUACCUCAAGUUGGAAACUUAGGACUUCUAUUUUUUCUUCUGUUCUUUAUAUUUGCGGCAUUAGGUGUUGAAUUAUUUGGUAGACUUGAAUGUAGCGAUGAAAUUCCUUGCCAAGGUCUCGGUGAACAUGCUCAUUUUGCGAACUUUGGCAUGGCAUUCCUUACACUAUUCCGUGUUGCAACUGGAGAUAAUUGGAAUGGCAUCAUGAAGGAUACUUUACGAGAAGAUUGUGAUAGUUCCGUAGAUUGUGUACGGAACUGUUGUGUUUCAACGAUUAUUGCACCUAUAUUUUUUGUUGUAUUCGUACUUAUGGCACAAUUUGUACUCGUCAAUGUAGUUGUUGCUGUACUCAUGAAACACCUCGAGGAAUCACAUAAACAAAUGGAAGAUGAAAUUGAUAUGGACGUCGAACUAGAACGUGAAUUAGAAAGAGAAGCGGAUGAUGAGGAAGAUAGAGCUCUAUGUCGAGCUUUAGAAGAAUGUGUUUCUCCUCCACGACCUUUGAAUAAGGUACCAUCACUCCCAGCAAAUUUCACUUACAGCGAACCCAAACAACAACCGAUACCUUCACCUGCACGCAGACGUCGCACUUUACAUUCCCAUCAUGCUUUGUUGCCGGCCGCUUUGCCUCAAAGACGAGCAUCUCUGUCACCUCAUGCAUUUGGACGACGUCGACAGGAUUCAACUCCAGAAACACCAUAUCCACCAGCGCUAUACGAAGAAGAGGCACGAUUUAUAGAUGCCGACGACAUUGAUGAAUUAGAACCUGGUAGCCCACCACGACAUGAUUCCUUUUCCCAAAACCGAAGACAAAGAGUUGAUAAAAGAAAUUCUCUUCGAGGUGAAGAGGCCAGACUACUUCGACCUACGCCUAUUUUGUUAGCAGUUCCUACAACAAGGCAAAGCCUUCGGCGAAAUAGUUCAAAAAGAAGAUCUUCUACAGAAUCUGGAGCUACAAGCAGAUUAAGUCAAAUGUCAGUACAAACACCUUCUUCUCCGGAAGAAAAUAAUAAAGAAAUUACUGAAGAAGAAAAAAUUAGAAUCGUUAUAGCUGAACGAAGAAAAAUAGAUAAUAUAAAACCCGAACCGGAAGAUGUGGAACUAUCAGAGCGAGCUUCCUAGUCCAGGCGGGGCCGGCCGCUACAACACCACGAAGUGUAUAUAUAGAUCACACAAUGUGAUCUAUUUCCAGUCCUUCCCAUACCUACCUUCCAGACUAAAAUGGGUGUGCUACGGAAAGUGUAAAGUUUGAACUCGGUUAAAACCAGUGAAUGUAUAAUUAUAUAUAUGAUUAUAUACAUAAGUGAUUUGCGUCUUGAAGUGACUACAUUUCGACAUCUCUUCGUGACCGAUUGAAUGAUUGUAUCCAUGAUCUGUUUGAGACAUUUACCUUUUCUAUUUCCCUAGAAACCUUUUGUUUUCCAUUGCGGCCGGUUCGAUUUCAAAAAACAUAAAAGAGACUUCUUUACAUUUAAGAUUUAUUUUAGAUUAUUUAGAUAGUUGUUAGAACUAGUCAAUUAGUGGUGGUGGGAUGUUUUCUACGAGUGCUAAGGUUUUCUUAAUGUGUUUAGAUAAUCUCUUUGUACGGUGCUUGCUGUUAAGAUUUUGUUUGUUGUAUGUAAAAUUCACUUUUUAUAAGUUUACGUCAACCUCAACGAAUAAUACGAUUCUAUUUUAUAUACUGUUUCUGUUAAUGUUUCUUGUUUGCUUAAAUAUCAAUACGGAUGUUAGAUUUAAUUUACGUUUUAAGUACGGGUUUCGAAUCAUUGAAUUUAGAUUUUCAUAAGUCAACGAUUUGAAAAGCCUAUUUAUAAAUUGUUUCACUGUUUAAAUUAGUUUGUAUGUACUCCUAGUAAGGGACUGCUUAGACUCGUAGCGAACUUUUUCUAGGUAGAUCUAUGUCAAUCUUUAUUAUAAAAACGGAACCAAAACUUGGUGAAUUGAAUAUUAUCUUUUAAGACAAAAUCAAUAUUUUCUGUAAAAAAAAAUAAAUCCUAUUUUCAUACAAAAUCAUGUACUUACUUAUAAACUUAACUGGCGAUGCGCACAUCUUAGAAAGUAGUUUAAAAAUAAAUUACUGGAUCCAACUUUCACUAAUAGACUUCAAGUGUUAAAAAUAAAAACUAGUGGUCUGAAUAAUAGAUAUGAUUUAGAUUAAUAUUGUUCAUUAGCAUUUUAAUUUAAUGCGGUGCCAAAUUUACACUAUUCAUUAACAAAUUUAAUUCAUAAAUUAAUAGUUUCUACAGAUAUCCCAUAUCUCUUAUUUGAUGACCACAAUAUCUAGUGUUGCAACUUUGUUAACGAAAUGCCAGUAGUUUUUCUUAAUAUAUAAUUUAUGAUUAUGUAGUUCUUAUAAUAAAGACGAAACUAGUUAGGGAAGUCAGCAAUAAAUUUUAUACUUCAACUGUGCCUUUCCUAUUCUAUAUAUUAGCUUGAGAAAUCGAUGAAAAUCAGACUCUGUAUGUGUUGGGAGUCACCUAAUGUAAUAUCUUAUAAUGACAUCAAAGUUAAUUUUGGUACACCACUUCAUAAUUUCUUUUACAAAAUUGUUUUCUACUUAACAUGAUUAGGUGUUUAUAAAAUAUUUCUAAUUUCUAAUAUUGAUAUCAUUUGUUUUUCGAGGAAACUUUAUUAUUAUUCUGUCCCUAUCCAUCAAGUUUGUUAUUUAUUUACCUUAAUUUAAUCAUUACGUCUUCCAUCAUCACGUAUUGUAAUUUUUUGAUGUUAACAAAAUAAAUAAAUUUUCUUUUUCAUAUCAAAAAAAGGAAAAUAUCAUAUAAAAUGAAUUGAUUAAAUGGAAUUUAGUAGUGUUAAGAAUAGUUAUUUCGUGAUAAAAGCAAAUUUCGUGAUAAAAACUUUAAUUGUUUUUCGGUACCGACUGUGUAAUAAUAAUUUUAAGAUGUAUGAACAAUGUUCAUUAGAUGACACCCGUUAAAUUUAGCUGGUGGUCUGUCGAAUUAUGAAAGUUACGAAAUGUUAGGUUGAAAA